AUUUUAUUAUGUAAAACAGGACUCUGAAUUAGUUUAACAAAAACUCAUCAGCAAUGCAGGUGGAAGAACCUGUUGUUAAACCUAUGUUGCCAUGGGUUGAAAAAUAGUAUAAUAAAUUCAUUAUUUAAGUCGUCCUAACAAAAUAGAGGAUCUUGCAUAUUAAGAAGAAGUGGUUUAGAGUUUGCAAGGAGUUUUAAAAACUGGGAAUCUGCCUCACCUUCUACUUCAUGGACCUCCAGGGACUGGGAAGACAUCCACUAUAAUAGCAUUAGCAAAGCAAUUAUUUGGACCUGAUUUUUGGAGAUUAAGAGUAUUGGAAUUGAAUGCAUCUGAUGACAGAGGAAUCAAUGUUGUCAGAAAUAAAGUCAAAAAAUUUGCAGAAUAAAUUGUUGCCAAAAACCCAAACCCAGGAUUUCUAUGUCCUAGUUAUAAAAUCAUCAUUCUUGAUGAAGCUGAUUCAAUGACUAAUGAUGCUCAAAGUGCUCUUAGAAGAAUCAUAGAAGACUAUGCAACCACAACCAGAUUUUGUAUAAUUUGCAACUAUAUUACUAAAGUAUGAGUGCAUUUUAAUUAGAUCAUCGAACCCUUAGUUUCAAGAUGUGUUAAAUAUAGAUUCAAAUCUAUUCCUGAGAAUGAACAAAUAGAGAGACUCAAGUUUGUUGCUAAUUCUGAGUCAGUAACAUAUAAUUUGGAUGCAUUAAAAUAAUUAGUGGUUGUUUCUGGUGGUGAUCUGAGGAAGAGUGUAAAUAUGCUUCAAAGUUCAUCAACCUUGUAUGAGAAGACUAUAAACAAAAAGGCUAUUAAUGAAAUAUCAGGAGUAAAACAUUAGAAUCAAUAGUUUAGUUCAUUCCAGAUGAAUAAAUAGAAGACCUUGUCUCUGUAAUUCAAACUAAGAGUCUAAGAAGUGUUUAGGAGGAAUGCAAUAGAGUUAUUCAAUAAGGCUAUAACAUCGAAUAAUUGGUGAAUUAUUAUCUAAUUAUAAUAGAUAUUAUAAUUUUUGGAUGUUGUCUUAGUCACAGAUGCGAUUAAAGAGAAACAAAAGGCUAAGAUCAUGGAGAUUGCAGCUUAUACGGAGAAAUGCUUAAUCGAAGGAUCAGCUGAGGACUUGCAAAUCUUCAACUUAAUGGCUCAAUGCUAGCGGGUUAUAAAUGAAAAUUGA